AACUUGAGAGUUAUUGUGUGUAUAAAGGAUCUAUGCAAAGUAGCUUAUAGUGGGCUAAUGCACAGUGAUCCUACAUUGGAGUGGGGGAAGAUACAACUGAAAAAGGGACUUCUCUCCUUCCCUCCCCUCUUCUGAGUGUUGGCCCUCUGCGCCUCUUCCUUCUCCCUGCCUCCCUUUCUUCUCGCUCCCCCAUUCCUUAAGAAUAUGCAAAUCACGCCCUCCUCGCCCUCUCUUUCUCUCUCCCUCGAAGUGCAUCCCUUGCUCGCCCUCAGUAGAUUUUGUGACUGUACCGACGGCAAAAAGUGCAAGUCGUCUUGACGGAGGAAGGGGGAGAAAGAGAAGGGGGAGAAGGGGGUGGGGAAGAGGCAAACGUACGCAUCAAUUCGUACAGUCUUCAGCGGCACCCCGUUUUUUCCUGCAACGAUUUGGGAAGGAGAGAGAAAUUUCUGCAUUAUUUGCGGAACCGUUGCAAUAUGAUCCAGCAGCCUCUGUUUAUAGGUGCGCGUGCUGCUCCUAUGUGUGUAUGUCAACGUACAGUAUAAACCGAGAGAGACGGUUAAAGAAAGGGAGAGUGAAAGGGGACACGCAUCGCUGGAUAUCAUAGGUUGUAGAAGCUCAGAUGGUGGUGAGGUGAUUUUCAGUCCUACAGAGAAAGACAAGGACACCACUUCAUUCACUGCUAUGGCCUGUGGGGAGGGAUGGACAUCAUAAAGGAGUAACGAUGAAAACUCGAACUCACAAAGAAUCGAUGCCAAUGCGCAGUGGGCGGAGGCGGGGGGGAAGCAACGAGGAGAGGAGGGGUAGACGCCCGCAUCCCAGCCCUUCUCGUGCAGAACGAACCGACAGGCAGGCGCAAAGAGCUGCUGGCGAGGAAUUGGCUGUCAGUCGCUUCAAUCACAGAUCGCAAGGCCAUGAUUCGUCAGAGAGUGAAGGGGAGGAACUUGUGCCUCCACCAAAGAGGCAGAAAGUCCAGGAUUCUUCCUCUGUCACCAACCCACCGACUUCAACUCAUUCAACUGACAGUACUCCCCCCACUAUACCGCCCCCACCCUCGGCUCCCAGACAGUCACGUGACAGUGACAACGAGGAUGGUCAAUCCCAGGGCAGCAGGAGCUCAGUUGUAGGGAGCUUGGCCAAUAGUCUGAGCAGUGGGCGGGACAUCGACCAGGACAAUCGAUCUUCCUCCCCGAGUCUUUCUGCCUCGCCUCCAGCCAGUUUAGACUCUGACUCUGAUGGUCCAGACUCACCAAAGCAAGGAGAGGGGGAACGGGAGAAAAGGAAAGAGGGAGGAGUGGGGAAGACAGGAGGAGAGGAAAGGAGAGCAGCCAGAGAGGGGAGAGGGGAUGAGUCUUGCGGGGAUGGAGAAAGGAAGGAUGGAGGAAUAGAGGACAGCCCUUCUCUGAAGCUGCCAUCCUCCUCCAUCUCUUCCUCUGCUCCUGUUCCCUCUCUCCGUGGAGCAGGGGAUUCAGCCAAUGACAGCAAUAGUGGCAGGAAGUCCUAUUUCUCACAGGACUCCAAGCUGGUAAGCAAGAUGGAGUAUGGACCGGCCAGCGCUGACACUGUGCACAGUGGCAAUCGAAUGAACUCCAAAGCUAAAGCUCAGUGCGUGACCAAGGCAACAGUCGCCGGGGGAGACUAUCCCCACGGCAACCCCAACAUUCCACACCCCCCUCCACCACCCCUUCCUCCUCCACCAGCGCUGAAACCCUUAGAAUUAGGGGGGCAGAACCUGCCCUCAGAAGUCAAGGUAGAGAGAGAGAAAAUGGAGAAAGGUGAGAAACUGAUGGACAACAAGACGGCUCCUCCCUCUCUGUUACCCCAAACCAGCCCAUUACCCCCCUCCCAGCCCCCGCCCCACCCCCACCACUACAGCCCCACCGGAUGGCAGGGAGGCACUGCAACCGGUUGCCAGGGGAGCUGGGGCUACACCCGUUACUCUGGUAACCACCACACUCACCAGCCGCAGCACCAACCCCCAGUGCAGCAGCAGCAACUGCCAUCCGUCUACAACCCCCCUUCCUCCCGUCAUUCGUCCUCCUCCCACCCCCCUUAUCUCCCCCACCCCCACAAGGAGUACCUCCCCAGGUACGCUUCCGGGGGAGGGGAAAGGGAGAGGGGGGUGGCCGGCGAGAGGGAGAGGGAGAGGGGGGAGUGAGGGUGGAGUAUGGGG